AUGGCGUCGGGGGCCUUUUUCAAUCCGAGGGUUCUCCUUCUGACAACACCUCUCGUCUCAUCGAGUAUUACCCUUUGGUUCGCUCGCGACCAGAGCUUCUUCCUCUCACUCUUCACCAAAACGCCCAUCGAGCGCCAGAAAGCCAACGAGAUCAUCCCAGGCUACAUCGCAAACUUCUACGGCUCAGGUCCAUGGGCUGUCCUCACUUUUGUCGGCCUCACAUUCACCACUUCCACCAGAAACAUCUGGUCUGAGCGUGCUCUGCUGGAGUCUCGCGGAUCGCUGUUCUGGUACGGCUGUUCUGCUGCCCUCGCGUUGGGUCACCUGGCAUAUGUUCCUGCUGUAGCGUGGAAGCUUCGUGCCUUGUGGGAAGACAACUGUGCUGCGUGGUCUCAUGAUAUCCAGGGUAGGCUGAGUGGUCUUGGUCUUGCAAGUGUGGUAUUAAUGAUUGAUCGAGACCGGGGGUUGAGGAAAACUAUCAAGUACUAA